CCGCCUAACAACUCAAACUCAUUCACCGCUGUCUGAAGUUCACUCGGACCUGUUUGAUCCAGCAGGAAGACGAGACACCGACCAAACACUGAACAAUGUUUGGUAGACGAUCAUUAUUAGCAGCUCUGCUGGCUGUAGCUGUUGGAGUUUACCUCCUGCCUUCUCCAAUAGACCCCAAACCACACAUACUUAAGGGGCCUCCUCCGCUCCUCGAGGGCCCACUGGCUGUAAACACUCGGCUGCAGACGGGCCGCAGGCUGUUUACCGGGAAACUACACGGACCAGAAUCCUUCACAGCAGACGAGGAGGGUAACGUGUACACAGGAACGGUUGACGGGAAGCUGUGGAGGAUCGGCCCAGACGACAGCCUCACCCUCAUCACACACAUGGGACAGAAUCUACCAGAAUGUGGCAGCAGCACAGACUUCGAGCCCGUCUGUGGUCGCCCUCACGGCGUUCGUCUGGACCGUCAUGGUCAGCUGAUUGUCGCAGACUCUUACUUCGGUCUGCACAGCGUCGACCCAAAAACUGGAGAAAAGACUCUGCUGCUUGCUAACUCACAGGGUGCUGACAGCGUCCCGUUUGCCUUCCUGAACGGUCUGGAGAUUUCCCCACAAACCGGGAUGAUUUAUUUCACAGACUCGUCCGGUCGAUGGGGACGCAGACACGUCAAACUGGAGGUGAUCGAGCUGAACAGCCUUGGUCGUCUUCUCUCCUUCGAUCCUCAAACAGGAAGUGUGAAGGUGCUGCUGGAUUCUCUCUACAUGCCCAACGGCAUCGCUCUGUCUCCGGAUGAAACCUUCCUGCUGCUGGCGGAGACCAGCAUUGGACGGAUCCUCAAAUUUUGGCUGAAGGGUCCGAAGGCUGGGACCAAAGAGAUCAUCCUUGACAACAUGAUCGGCUAUCCUGACAACAUCCGCCGAAGCGACCACGGAACAUUCCUGGUUGGCAUAACAACCACAAGGUUCCGGAAGCUCAUGCCCCCAUUCCUGGAUCUGAUUGCUCCGUACCCCGCCGUCAAACGCUUCCUGGCAAAGGUGAUUCCUCUGAGCUGGUAUAACGUCCUCCUUCCUCGUUACGCUCUGGUCCUGGAGCUGGGAUCGGAUGGUCACAUCAUUGGGACGCUGCAUGAUCCUGAAGGCCGUCUGACGUGGGCCAUCAGUGACGUCUUCCAGCACCGAGGGCGGACGUACCUGGGCAGCACUGACCUACCUUUCCUACCUGUGUUGGACGUUUGGGAGAGCUGAUGAAGAACUACAGCUGAGUGUAAAAACUGAAAGUAUGAGUUUUCUUUAUUAUCUUUGGAUAAAUAGAAAUGGCACGGACCAAACAUGGAUAUCCUGGUUUCAGGUCGGACUCUGGCUUCCUGUUAUUACCUGAGAGAAGAACAGUGAUAUCACACUCUCAAAGAUGGGGAAUAAUAGUGCCAUCUAGUGCCAGAAAACCUGAAAAAAAUUAGGACAGAUUUCACAGAAUGAUGCUCGAUUAAUGUAGGGAACUCCUAAAAUGAUGUGAAGUUAAAUUAGAGUAAAUAAAACUCAAGGAUGAUUUUUUUUCUCCUCAAGAUGAGUCAGAACUGAUACAGCAUGACAGGAAAAUUUUGACACCCUUCCAGUUAAAAUAGAGAAACAUUACCCACAAUGCACUUCAGACUGCUGAUGGUGGGUGUGUCCUGCUGUCUGGCGAAUGUUGCAUCAUACCACUAGAGGCAGUCAGAAAUGGGCAGCAGAUACAGACGUCUCACUGCAGACUAGCAAUUUGUGCCAUUUUUUGCUAACCUAAUAUAUUUUCACAUAAGAGGGUACUGUACUCGAGGACCAUGCCUGAUUCUGUGAGGUGAGCUGGUCUCGGGCACGGUCCAGGAAAAUCUGAACACAAGUGUGCUCCAGUACAAGGUACUUCUGAAUGAUUAGAGCUGUAAAGGUGAUUCUUAACACUCCUUUCUCUUUAUAAACCAUCCUAUCCAAAAAGCAGAGGCCCGUUUCAUCCUCUGAGGUGCAGCAGAGAUGGGAGAAGGUAGACCAGUCUGACGUAAAACUCCCUGUGAUGUGUCGACUCAGCAGAUUUGGACGCUGACUGACUCAGUUAAGUCACAUCUAAGUGUGGAGUUUAAAACCUGUUGGGACUUUAAAUGAGAAGAUGAAAAUAAUCACCACUAACUGGAAGAAAAAAAAACACUGGAUCCACCUUCUUCACUUCAACUAGAAUAAAACUGGGACACUCACUGAAUUAAACAAGUGACUUUCCUUUUUUACGCCUACUGUGACUGCUGGAAUGUACAUUUACAUUUACUACAAUAAUGUUUGGCAGAUUUUAAAAUAAAUAUUUUAUACAAAAUAGAGUGUUAGUGGAGUGGUUGUGGACUCUCAAAAUUACAUAAAUCAAAAAAUAAUUUCACAAUCUGUUGGUUAACAAGACCAGGUUAAAACCUACAUGGCUGACCCCAACUAUCUGGGAUGUCUGUUGAAACCAAGAGAACCUGGAUGCAGCAGAAGACCUCAACUUCACAGCCCAAGUCGCAGCCAUAUCUCAUCUUCUAAUACCGGAAGUCACUUAAAAACUGAACGUCUUUGUUGUUUUCUUCGUGUGGCAGUUCCGCGACAUAAGGAAACACAAGUAGACGAAAAAUUUGUGAGUUUUCAGACUAACAAGCACAGAGAUUACGUUACAUUAAUUUUAGUGAAUCUAUUUAUAAUCCAAAUUCCCGUACCACUGAGACAGACAUAAUAUGCAACAGGAGUUUGCCUGGCUGGCCAGACGUCGCUGUCGCCGCCAUGUUGCCAGAGGCAGGUCCGCUAUGUAAUGCAAUACAAGUAGACAAGGAAUACGCAAGUUUUCGCAAUACAAAACGGAAUUGAGUAUAAAUGAUUCAUUAAAAUCAAUUUGAUCUGAUCGUUUGAGCUUCUUAUUCCAAAAACUUGCAUAUUCCUUGUCUACUUGUGUUGCAUUACAUAGCAGACCUUCCUCUGGCAACAUGGCGGCGAUGUAGAUGUCCGGCCAGUCAAUCUCCCGUCACACAUAGACAUCAUAGGCUAUACGUAGACGCCUCAUUGACUAUGUUUGCCCGCUGCUGCUAUACGUCAAUGUGUCCGCCAGAUUGCCAGAGGCAAGACCGUUCAAUAAACAAAUGCAAUGCACGCGAUCUUGUCAGCCCCAUGCAGCACAGGAGUGAGGCAUCUUGCGCAGGAAUGCCUCUGGCAAAAUGGCGGCGGCGAUGACAUACGGCCCACUGGCCAAUGCGGCGUAUAUUACGUCUAUGCCGUCACAUAUUAUAUCUGUGCUCAGUGAUACCUUAAUCUGGAUCAUACAUCAAUCCAUUAAAAUUAAUGUAAUGUUAACCCUGUGCUUGUUAUUUUGAAAACACGCAUUUUUUGUCUACUUGUUAUGUGGCAGACCUGCCUCUACUAAUAUGGCGGUGAAGCACAAAGAAAACAAUGGAGAAGACCACAUAAAACAAUAGCGAAGCUAUGACUUUAACUCACAUAGCAUGCUGGAAGCUUAAAUUAUACAACAAUAAAUAUUCAUACUUGUAUAUUAUUAUUAUUCAUUAUAUAUAAGACAUAGACUAAUGAUAUUUCUUUCCUCUUUUUAUUGUUGCAUGGUAAAUGAUGCUCAAAGACGGUGUUCGACAAAGGGAGCAUGAAUCUGGGAGGUUUUUGUUUUCAGAAUAGUUUUAUUUGGACAAAAACACAUAAACCUAAAAUACAUCAUCAUCAUCAAAAACGGCUCUGAAAAUAAAACUACAGUCUCCAAAAACAAAAUGUUCCGGACAGAUUGGAAAGUGCAUCAGUGAAAUGAAACAAAGUGAUGGGCUUCAGGAGGAAAAUAAUCACCAAGUCUUCAGUCCUGUGGAGAUUUUUCUUUUUUUUUGUUCCCACGUGAAACUUUAAAUUCAGUCGCUGUGAUUUCAAAGAGAGGAAGAACGAGCUGUGAGAACCACAUAUAGCAGAGGCAGAAAUCUAAAAAUAAUUACUGAUUCACUUAACGGCAAGAAAAGAAUUCACAUUUCACACGAUCAUUGAGUGAGGAUACAUGCUGCAGAUUAACCAUGAAAGACUUUUUACUUUUACAUUUCAGUUCAUCCUUCUAAAGUCUGAUCAGGUCUUUGGUUGGAUGGUAACUAUCUGCAAAGAUUUAGACUCUUACAUGAAUGUAUCACCACAGAUUUACUGGCAGAAGGCAGCUUUUACUGAAACACCUUUGAAAAACGAGAAAGACGUCUGUGGCCAAGCAACAAAAAGGAUUUAAAUAUGUUUUCCUUUGAUUGUGAUCAGUCAUUAAAGAAAUUCCCUUAAAGUUUGGAGGAAAAACAAUACUGGUAACAAUGUAUCAAAUCUAGAUUUUUUUGUCUUUUCUUAAUCAAAAUAACGGUAUAAGGGGUCACAUGAAAGAAAAAAUCUGAGAUUUAUAGAAUAAAGUUUUACUGUUAAGGGAAUCAAGUUAUAAUAUCACCAAAAAACAGCUGUUAUGUAACAGAAAUGUAGCUAAAAGAGUAACGUUAUUCUACAAAGCUGUCAUACUUAUAUGACAUACAUUAUAGUGUUGUGUUGUAGUGUUGACAGAGUGUCAGUGAUAAAUUCCUACUAUUAUGAGGAAUAAUGUUGUGAUAUCACAAGAUUUGAAAUCAAUACAUUUCAGGAAUAAAGUGGCUCACAUUUAGGGAUUGGAGUCAUAUUUUAUAUAUAUAUAUAUAUAUAUAUAUAUGUGUGAAAAUAUUUCUGAAAUAAUGUAACAUUUUGGGAAAGAAGCGGUAAUAAACUGGGAGUAAAGUCUUAAUAUUUCAGGAGUACAGACAUUCAAUUUGGAAAUAAAGUCAUGAAUUAGGAAUAAGAUUGUUAUUUUUCAGGAGUAAAGGUGUAAAAAUUUGGAAAUUAAAUUGAAAUAUUUUGGGAAAAAAGUCUUUAUAUUUUAGGCAUCGAGGUGUUUGUAAUUUGUGAAUAAAGUUUGUCAUAUUUUGGAGUUAUAAUAAUUUAGGGAAAGUGGUCUUCACAUUCAGUUAAGUCAUUUUAUAUUGGGAAUACAGCUGUCAUAUUUUAGGAAUUAAGUUAUAAAAAUGUAGGAAUAAAAUUGUUAUAUUUCAGGAAUAAAGUUUAAUAAUUUAGGAAGUCAGUUUUUUUGAGAAUGGAAUUAAAUAUUUUGUCAUUUCAGGAAUAAAGGACAAAAAAUCUUUAUAUUUCAGGUGUAAAGUUAUAAUAUUAACAGAACAGGGGUGUUUUUUUUUUUUUAUAAUUUGUAAAUCAAUUUUUAUAUUUGGGAAAAAACCUCCACAUUCAGGGAGUAAAGUCAACAUAUUUUGAGAAUACAGUAAUCAUAUUUUAGGAAUAAAAUUGUGAUGAUUUUAGAAUAAAAUUGUUUGUUUUAAGGUACAAUUCGUAAUAACAAACUUUUUUUUUUUGGAAAUAAAGUUAAAAUGUUUCUGAAAGACCAAGUAUUUCAGGAAUAAAGUCUUUAUAAUUUGGAAAAAUAGUAAUUAUAUUUUCAGAACAGAAGUGUUGUAAUUUGUAAAUAAAGCUGUCAUAUUUUGGGUCAACUUUGUCAUAAUUUUGGGGAAAAAGUCUUCACAUCCCAGGAGUAAGGUUAUCAUAUUUUGGGAAUAUAGUUUUCAUACUUUAUGAAUAAAGUGAUUUUUGGGAAUAAGAUUAAAAUAUUUCCUGAGGAAGGUCAUAUAUUUCAGGAAUAAAUACUUUUAUAUUUUGGGAAAAAAGUCAAGAAUAUUCCAGUAAUAGAGGUUUUUUUAAUUUGUCAAUAAAAAUGUGAUAUUUGGGGGUUUAAGCUGAAAGUCUUCAUAUUAUUUUGAGGGUAAAAUCGUGUUUUGGAAUGCAGUUUUUAAAUUUUGGGAAAAGUUAUAUAAUUCUAGGAAGGUUCUUUGUAUUCCGAGGAAAAAGUUGUAAAAUGACAGAUUUAGACUUGUUAUUUUUCGGGGGGGGGGUGUCAUAAAAUUAAGUUCUAAAUUUCUGGGAACAAAGUUUAACUAAAUUAUCUUAAAAUGACGACUUCUUUCUCUGAAAGUUUUAUUCUCACAAUCUCAGAUUUGUCUCUUCUUCCUGCUCCAGUGCAGCUGUAUAGAUGAAAGAUCUUUGAUCAAAUUAAAAGUUUAACAAGCUUUAAAGGUUAUUAGAUACAACAAUUAAACAAUAACAGAGCUAACACUGAGCUAACUCAACAAAGGAAUUAACUUUAGGUUAAAUUACCUGACUCUUUAAAAGGAUGCUUCUUUUUUCCCUUUAGGAACUUCAUAAUAAUAAUAACAAUAAACGUUUGAAAUGUCUGUCAGGCAGAAGAUUCAAAUUCAUAAAAAUGUACAAAACAAGAGAAAAAGUUGGACCUAAAAAUUGUAAAAUUCUAAAUAAAAGGUGCUCUAACAGAGCUCAUGUUUGAGCUGAAUCACUGAAUACUUGAGUUUCUAAUUUAAAUUUACAAAUCUGAUUCAACAGUUUGCACAUUUUAAAGUCGAUUAAGGCUUUUCCAUUUAUGCCACUCAACAUCCUAAGAAAUAAUUUUAAUGUAAAUGAAUGAAGUUUCCUUCCACUAAAGUGUUUUCUGAUUGAAAGUGGAGUAAAGUGCUGCAGGUAUGAUGGAUUAUGUGCUAAUAGACCGGAGCCAGUGGGAUUAUUUCUAGGAAUUAUGAUUUAAAAUAGAAAGUUAGCUCUUUGGCAUUCGGAAGUUUAUGAUAUCAAAGGGAGGGAGUUUUGGAGUCAUUUCCAGGUUUUUGGACUCAUUCCUGCAGCACUCUAAGCGUGUGAAAGAGACCGUGUUUACUGCUGUUCUUGAUUCUGUACCACUGGAACAUUUGAACAUUUACAAACAUGAUUCUUCUGUACACAAAAUAUCAGACUCUGUCAUGAACAGGCAGGAAGUUCUCUUGAAAGGCCAGAGCGUUUAUGAAAGAGAAGACGCUGAGGGAUAAACUCGGUUUCAUACGUAGGCACUCAACUGACCAACUGUCUGUGAAUGUUUCCUUCCUGUAGGUGGCGCUCUUUUCUUUUAAUGUGUCUCUUUUCUGUCGUCUUUAGUAGGAUCCUGUCCUACCUGUUCCAUGUCAUUUGGGUUUGUUUGUUCAUCUGAGGAUUUUUCCUGAUAUGCAUCCUCAGUAUUAGAGUUUUUGCUGCAGUCAGGUGGUCUGUAUGAAUUUAUUUAGUUGUUGAACUUGUGGGUUAAUCACUAUUUAAUUAUCCAGCAUAACUGAACAUGUAGCUUCAUACUGGGUCUAUAAUUCAUCUGAUAUUUGUACACUAGGCCAAACAUGCUCAGGCAAAAGUUAAUAUUGAAUUAAAUGACAUUUAACUACAGUUUUUAUUGUCACUUUAUGGCAGAAUUCACAAAAUUUUCACCUCGUGUUAAAGGUCACAUAUUAUGGAAAAACAUUUCAGGCUUUCAGUGUCCCUGGCCUGUCCACAAUCCCCCCAAGAAUCAGUAAAAUCUGUUCCCUACCCCCCUCUCUUUCUCCACCUUUCAGAAAAUGUCUGCUGAAACAAGCCGUUCUCAGAUUUUCCCCUCAUGA